GCUUCCAAAGUCCAAACCAACCAAGGGCCAUCUCCACAUCAAAUAUAUGCUAGCUCUAGAGAUGCAUCGAUUGGCAAUAAUCCUCCACCUUGUUGUGGUUGUAGCCGGCGCCAUCAGGGUGCUUGGCCACCCCGGCGAUGCAGGCGGCGUUACACCCUUGGUGCAUUUUUGGGAGAAGGCCCUCCCGGGUACACCUGUGCCAGAGGUCAUCGCCGACCUCGUCCAUAAAGGCAUUGAUCAUUCGCCGCUUGCCGAGCACUACCCUGUAACUGACUACGGCGCAAGAGAUGUAUUUUUUGACACAAACUACGCCGUCGCAGGAGAUGAUAUUAAGCGUAAGAAAGGUUGGCAGCGAUGCCGCCGCUGUGCAGAAGACGCAAAAGCAGGCUUCUACUUCCGCGAGACACAACUGCGUGUGGGCAGCACCAUGACCUUCUCCUUCCGUCCGGCAAUGGUUGCUCCCAUCCUCCCACACGCCGUCGCUGAGAAAGUCCCGUUCGGUGACCUGCCGGACUUGCUCGCGACGUUCGACAUUGCGCCCAGCUCUGCCGAGGCGGCGACGGUGGCGGACACCCUGAGCCAAUGCCAGGCGUUACCAAUCGACGGCGAGCACAAGGCCUGCGCCACGUCCCUGGAGAGUACCGUGCAGAGCGCCAUGCGCAUGCUUGGCACCGCCGGCACAGACGACGACGACAGCGCGACGACGCUGUGGGCCGCCGCGUCGGCGCUCCCGAGCACCGGCUUGCCACUCCAGCCCUACGUGAUCCAGGCGGUCACCACGCUGGACGGCGACCGCCAUGUGGGCUGCCAUAUCAUGCCGUAUCCGUACGCCGUCUACUUCUGCCACAUGACGCCGGCGAUGCCAACAAAGGUGUAUCUGGUCUCGCUCCGCAGCAGCAUCAGCGGCGGCGGUCCGGCGGUCACCAUGGCGGCGAUCUGCCACCUCGACACCUCCAACUGGCAGAAGGCUCACCCAGCCUUCGAGAUGGUGCACACCCAGCCCGGUGGCGUGCCGGUGUGCCACUUCAUGUCUUAUGGUAAUCUGCUGUUUGGGGAGAAGGCAGUGGCGGCCACUCGCUAAGAAUGUAUCAACGGUGCUUGUCAGUAUUGUAUGUAAGUGAGCACAAGAUAAAUAAGCACACACGGUGCGGUGAUGAUGUGUGAGUAAUGGCACACGAUGUGUCUACUACUAUGCUCAUGUGGUCUGGUAAAGCAAAUGUUAUAUGUGUGAGUGCCGCGGCGUAGUAACGCCGAUCAUAUCGAUUGUAUACUUUGUUGUGAAUCUAUGCAAUGGUGUUGCUGUAUAUAUGAA